UGGUUGCGUAUCCCGUUCCUCACCUAACUUGGAAAAAUACAGAAACACAUGCUUCGAAUUUCUUUCCCAAGUUGUUUCCAUGUGUUUUUCUUAAAUAGUUUAUUUCCCCGUUUACGUUAUAAAAAGAGGAGAAGCCAGUUUUGCAACUCGAAAGCGGAAAUACAUCAAGUGGAGAUUUAUCCGUGUUUAUACGGAGAGGAAAUUCAGCUGUACGAGCGGUUUAGCUCCAGAGUUUGGCCGGGGAGAACGAGCAAAGAGCGGACUGAACUUCUUUUGGUCUCCUGACGGGCGAUCAUGGACUCAGUGAGCAGUUUGUCUCUGCUGGGCUUCAAGGAGCUUUCGGUCUGCCUGGUGGACUGUAUGAAGACUCCGGGAGUCCUGGGAACAGAGCCCAAAGCAGCCAUGAAAAACAUUUUUACACAAAAUAACUCAUCUGACAGCCUCACUCAAAUGGAUCUGUCUGUGUCAUUGGUGGAAUGCAUGAAAACUCCAGGACUAAAUGGUGACAGUGACCAUCUGAAUCAUAACACCUUGGAGCUCAAGCUGAAACAGGAGGAUGAGCAGUUGGAGAGAGAGUAUGACUACCUGAAGCUGGAGCAGCAGCCAGUGUGGCAGGACAGUGGAAUCACAGCAGAGAGUAAUUUGUUUAAAGAAGAAGAUGAUAAAAAUUUCAUCCUGGUGGAAACCAAAACUGAAGAGGAUCAUGGAACUGAUGGCACGCUGUUGGUGUUUGAGGAGAACCGUCAUGGCACAGAAGGGACGGCGUGGCUCAUGCAGUGCCCCAAACUAUCAGAGUCACUCAAAACAGCCAUGCUGGGCGCCAAUUCAGGCGUAUGUCAGGAAGAAGUGGAUGUAACCUCACAAAAAAGUCAGGUAGAUGACACUAUAUUAGACAGAAAGGAGACGAAUCAACAAGACACUGACGCUGAAGCUGUGGAAACCUCUGAGAGCACGUCUGGAGACCAAACAGAGAGGAUCCAACAGUAUGCUGCACUCGAACCCCGGCGCCAUCACUGUGAGCACUGUGGGAAGUCCUUUGCAAGGAAGAGCAAUGUCCUCCGACACCAGCGGUAUAACUGCAUCAGAACGAGAACCCAAGAGAGGCCUCACACCUGCACGCAGUGCGGUAAGAGCUUCAGUGUGUUACACACCUUGCGGCAGCAUCUCCUCACUCACACUGGGGAAAAAAUUUACCACUGCGAGGUGUGCGGGAAGCAGUUUGGAAGGGAAGGGACUCUGAAGGCGCACAUGCCAAUCCAUACAGGGGAAAAACCUUAUAAAUGUGACCAGUGCGGCAAGACCUGCGCCAGGCAUGGGGACCUUAAAAUUCACAUGCUCAGUCAUUCUGAGGAGAGACCACACAACUGCAGCUACUGUGCGAAAAGCUUCAAACAGCUUACAAAACUGAAGAAGCAUGAGCGAAUCCACACGGGGGAGAAACCAUACCAGUGUCAGCUUUGUGCAAAGAAGUUUAGACUGCGGCAGACACUGGUUUCACACAUCCGCACGCACACUGGAGAGCAGCCAUUCAAGUGCAGCUUCUGCCCGAAGGCCUUCAGUAUUAGGAGCAACUUGAGGACACACGAGCUGAUACACACUGGGGAGAGGCAGUUUCGCUGUUCACAGUGUAACAAAAGUUUCCGACUGCAUCAGCACCUGAUAUUCCAUGAACGUGGCCACAGGGGGGAGAAACCAUACAAGUGUGACAAGUGUGGAAAAGGUUACUGUCAUCCAUCAACAUUAAAAGCACAUCGAUCUUCUCAUGAAGAGAAACCACCACGUUGCGCCGAGUGUAAGCAGGAAUUCACAGAGCAAAAGGAGUUCGCCAAUCACAAGUGCUGCGAGACAGCAGAAAAACCACACCGCUGUUCUCAGUGUGGAAAGUGUUUUGCCCAGGUUAUGAAUUUGAGGAAACACCAGCUGAUCCACUCGGGGGAGAAACCUUAUGUGUGUAAAGAAUGUGGGAAGCAAUUCAACUACAAAGGCAACCUCACCAAGCACAUGAGCAUCCACACCGGUGAGAGGCCCUUUGAGUGUGAACUCUGCAAGAAGCGCUUCAGGCUCCUGCAGCACCUCACAAAUCACAGAUUAACUCACAACAAAAAAAAUAGAGACUAAAUUUGAUAUUUUGGAGUUUUAGUAGA